GGGGCCGCGGCACAGAGUCCCCUGUGAAGGGGCCCGUGGCCUCCACUCUCCUCGGAAAGGGUUAAAGGGAAAAAUGCGGCGGCGCGUGGGGCCCGUCUCCCUCCGCACCCCCGUGAGUCACCCUCCUCCUUCCUUUGGGCAAACGGGACUCAGCUCUGAACGGAGUUUACGGUUCCUGUCCUGUGUGUGUUUUGACACUGACGGUGACUCGGGGGUCACCAACGCGACGGCAGCGCCGGGCCGCACGCAGGCCGUCCGGCUGCUCGGAAGAGGCUGGAGCUAGGACCCAGGAAGGGCAGGGCCGCCGGGGUAUAAAUAGAGGACGGAGCCGAGCAAAGUUUGAGCAGCGAGCCUGACAUCACCGCCUCUCCCCACCCAGAGCGGGGAUGAGAGGCGGACGCCCGAGGCAGCCCCGGAGGACUUGGCCGCGGCUCGGGGACAAAGUUCCUUUAGCAGCCCUCUCGGUCCCCGGACACCAGGGAAGGAGAACCAGCCACCUCCCCGCCUGGACGGGGAUGAACAAGGGCUGUUGGCUGGGGCAGCCGUGACCGCCGGCCGAGCUGCCCUGGGCGAGCUGCCCUGCGUUUGGGACGGCUGGUCCGGGACGUCUGGGGCUGGCUGUCCCGCAUUCCACAGAUGCUCCGCUCGCAGCGACGUGUUUAUUGAUCGCUGGAGGCUCUCGAGACUGCAGACGAGGACAGAACACAGCUAACUCUCUGAGCCUGCUGCCUGCCCCAAGCUGUAGGGAAACAGGCGUUUUUUCUUUCCAGAACCUGUGAAAAUGUCCCUCUCCCAAGGAAGUGAAAGUUAAAGAGGAUACUUUGUCACCCGCCGCCAGGAACUCCAGGUGGCUCCCGGUUAACCUCAGACACGCCAUGAGGAGGCUGCUGCGUGGCUGCUGGCCCCCCUGGCUGCUGUUACUUCACUGCAAUUUUCAGGUGCAUCCGGCCCUCGGCAGGUCACAGGCCCAUCCAGGGUUUGAGGUCUUGCUCACCGCUUCCCACUACUGGCCGCUGGAGCACGUGGACGGGAUCCAUGAACUUCAGGAGACAGCAGGAGCAUGGCGCGCCCACAACCUCACUGUGCUCCCCUCCCAUAACACUGCUUCUGUGCCCACCAAUGACUCUGCCUACGCCCAGGCCUCCGCGACCGUAGACAUCGUAGAAGGGAAGGUGAACAAGGGCAUUUACCUCAAGGAGGAGAAAGGCAUGACGCUCCUGUACUACGGGAGGCACAAAACCUCCUGCCUCAGCAACCCGGCCGAGUGCGGCCCCGAAGGGGUCACCUUCUCUUUCUUCUGGAAGACACCGGGCGAGCAGUCCCGAACAACACCCUUCGCGUACGGAGGGCAGGUCAUCUCCGACGGGUUCAAGGUCUGCUCCAGCGGCGGCAAGGGCUCCGUGGAGCUGUACACGCGGAAUAACGCCAUGACGUGGGAGGCCACCUUCAGCCCGCCAGGUCCCUACUGGACGCACGUCCUGUUCACGUGGAGGUCCAAGGAGGGCCUGAAGGUCUACGUCAACGGCACCCUGAGCACCGCGGACCCCAGUGGGAAAGUGUCUCACGUCUACGGGGACCCCCACGCCAACCUCGUCAUAGGCUCCGAGCAGGACCGCAGCCGGUGCUACGAGAACGGGGCCUUCGACGAGUUCGCCAUCUGGGAGCGGGCGCUGACCCCGGACGAGAUCGGCCUGUACUUCCGGGCGGCCGUAGGAAAGCAAAGCGGGCCGUCUCCGACACCACCCAGCUUCCUGGUGACGCCCACAGCCGGCACCCCGACGCCCACCGACGCCUACCGCCCCAUCAUCACCAACCUGACGGAGGAGAGGAGCAACUUCCAGAACUCCGGGGCUGCGCUGAACUACCUUCAGAACGUGUCCCUCAGCUUGCCCGACAAACCCCUGUCCCAGGACACGGCCCGGAACCUCACGGAGACCUUCUUGAAGACGAUGGGAGAGGUGCUGCUGCUGCCCAGCUGGACGGACAUGUCUGAGGACAACGCCGUGGUGCCGAGCUUGAUAGAGACCGUGGACACCGUCAUGAGGCACAUCGCCUCCAACCUGCACGCCAACGAGACCCAGGUCGCCUUCACGGGCUCCUCCUCCAUGGCAGAGUUCUCCGUGGCCAAGCUCCUGCCCAAGACCUUGGACUCCUCCUGCUGCCGCUUCCCGGCCCAGGCCCACAGCUACAUCGAGAUUCCGCACGAGGCCUUCCACAGCCACGGCUGGACCACCUUCGUGGGCCUGCUGUACCACAGGGUGCAUCGCUACGUGAGCGGCAUCCGGCCAGACAACACCAGGAUCGCCGAGGCGGCGGCUUACGCGAGCUGCCUGCUGUCCGCCGCCAGCUACCUCAUCUCCCUGGAGGUCGCCCCACCGCCCGCGCUCUCCCAGAACCUGUCAGCCUCUCCGCUUGUCACCGUGCGCCUCGCGCACAGGCUGACCGACCGGCAGUGCCGCCAGGCCGCCGAUGAGAGCCACCGCGUCUUCCUGUACUGCGCCUUCCUGGACUUCAGCUCCGGGCCCGGGGUCUGGUCGAACCAGGGCUGUGUCCUCGUGGAAGGGAACCUGAACUACUCCGUCUGCCGCUGCACACACCUCACCAACUUCGCCAUCCUCAUGCAGGUGGUCCCGCUGGAGCUCACGCGCGAACACCAGGUGGCGCUCUCGUCCAUCAGUUACAUCGGCUGCUCCCUGUCGGUGCUCUGCCUGGCGGUCACGCUGGUCACCUUCGCCAUGCUCUCCUCGGUCAGCACCAUCCGGAACCAGCGCUACCACAUCCACGCCAACCUGUCCUUCGCCAUCCUGGUGGCCCAGGCCCUGCUGCUUGCCAGCUUCCACAGCCAGCCUGGCACGGUCCCGUGCCAGGUGCUGGCUGUGCUGCUGCACUACUUCUUCCUCAGCGCCUUCGCGUGGAUGCUGGUUGAGGGGCUGCACCUCCACAGCAUGGUGAUCAAGGUCUUCGGCUCGGAGGACAGCAAGCGCCGCUACUACUACGGCAUCGGAUGGGGCCUCCCUCUUCUGAUCUGCGCCACCUCGGUGGUCUGCGCCCUGGACAGUUACGGAACCAAGAACAACUGCUGGCUCUCGCUCCAGAGUGGCGCCAUCUGGGCCUUCGUGGCCCCUGCCCUGCUGGUCAUCGUGGUCAACAUCGGCAUCCUUGUCGCUGUGACCAGGGUCAUCUCGCAGAUCAGCGCCGAGAACUAUAAGGUCCAUGGGGACCCCAGCGCCUUCAAGCUGACAGCGAAGGCCGUGGCUGUGCUGCUGCCCAUCCUGGGCACCUCCUGGGUCUUCGGUGCGCUGGCGGUCAACCAGCAGGCGGCGGCCUUCCAGUACCUAUUCGCCGUGCUCAACUCCCUGCAGGGCUUCUUCAUCUUCCUCUUCCACUGUCUCCUGAAUUCCGAGGUGAGAGCCGCCUUCAAGCACAAAACCAAGGUGUGGUCCCUCAGCAGCAGCUCCGGCCGCAGUGCCCACCCGAAGCCCUUCGGCUCCGACGUGACGAACGGCGCCCGGCCCGGCCCGGCCUCCUCCAAGCUCAGCCCCUGGGACAAGAGCAGCCACUCUGCCCACCGCGUGGACCUGUCCCCUGUGUGAGCGGAGCCCCCGCGCGGCCCGCGGCCCGGCGCACGGACCCGCCCUCAUCACUGCCAGCCCCCGGCCUG